AUGGCUCGACAGCAACAAGUACAAAACCCGAAUGAAGAACUCGUCCAAAUCGAGGGCAAUGAUGGGAAUGUUCUUACGUUCCCGUCCUCGAUGCUUGAAGCUGCUGGAAUUAAUAUAAGAAAUAAUCAGGCAGUAACGGCGGAGCAGGUCGAACUUUUGUUGAGUAUGGUCAACGAUGGGCCACAAGCCGACCAGAAUCGCAAGCGCCACUAUGCUGAACCGGCCGAAAACCCGCCAUUUUCCCUCCUCGAAACGAACCAGGGCGUCCGCUUGAUCGACAGGAAUGGCAGCGUUUUUGAUUUCGAUCCGACUCAACUAUCCCAAAGAAACAUCCACCUACCCCAAUUAACGAGUGAGCAUUAUGCUGUGAUGCAACUCGUUGCCCUCGCUGUACAACAAGGAGCUGUACUACAAGGCGAUUCCGCCCAAUACUCGAAGAAGACGGCGCACGGCCAUUCUGAUGAGCCGAGCGGAUCUGGGCUGAACAACGAGUUCCCGGGACGUGAGAUGACGCCAGCAAACGUGGCUGAAGUCGGGGAUGAGGUGCAAUUUAGAAGAGCAGGGAAGUUGCUGAAAGCGUCGGUGCGCUACAUCCGCGCCCAAACCGGCUACAAAGUACAGUUCGAUGACGGCCAUUUCGAAUGGAUCGACGAGUGCGAUAUUUUGCAGCAGAAUUUGAUCGAUACCGGGGAUCAUCAGCGGUACUCCGAUUUUCCGGGAUGCGGCCCUAAAGUGCGAGUCGUGGAAAAAGAAGCAAAUUUCACAUGUCCGAUUUGUACUAAAAAGAUCUAUCAAAAACGCCCCGCGCACAUUGUCAUCAGGAUCCCGGCCUGUGAUCAGUGCUCUAAGGAAAAAGUGAUGGUGCUCGAUGGGGAGGAGACCACGCAGAAUGAA